AAUAUUUGCAGUGUUAAUUAUUUAUUUUUUAUUCUACUUAGCUGAAGUAGUGAAGUGUAUAUAUAUGUAACUGCAGUUUGUAACAAAUGACAUGUUUUAAGUAGUUUUUCUGUUAGAUGCACAGUUUAGACAAGUAAAUAAACUGACAUCUGUCUUUGUUUGUUAAAAAUUAGCUAAUAAUUUAUUCAUGUUGUGCCUAAACAACUGUAAACAGAAAACCCAUUUGCAUUUUUAUGAAAUAUUUUCAAGCAAAAGACUUAUUUUUGUAGUUUUGGAAAAAUAGUGGGAUAAAAAUUUAAGUUUUUGAAUUUUUCAUUACAAUUAAUAACCCCACAUUUAAGGACAACAGUUUCUAAACCCUUAACCAACCUUUGGUAAGGCUUAAACCAAAUCCCCAUAGUGAUUGACUUUUUUAUGUCAUCUUAUAAUUUUUAUCUUUCCAAUUUCGAAUUUGCCACUUAAAUUGUCAAUAUAAAUUGUGAAUUGGGUUAGCUGAAUUUUGUAAUUAAUAAAACUCAAUAUUGUUUACCUUAAAUUUGCACUGCCAUUAUCAUUAAAGGAGGAAAUAUCUAAUUAAUAAUUAAUCUUUCUACAAUUGUUAUUCGGAAAUUUUAAUUUUUCCUUUUUAUUUUAAAAGAAAAGUUAGGUUUACUUCUUAUACAACAGCUGCUGUACUGUUUGAUAAAUUAAAAACUCGGCUGCAACGCUUCACCACUCAACAAAGCAUUAAUCAUCGUUUCAACAGCCAGCUUUGCCGUGGACGCUAUUGUUUAACAUUCAUUCAUUCACGGAAUAUUUGUACAGGGGGCGUACACAUUCUUAAACUGGUUCAGACUUUGUGUUUUUUAGCAAGCGUGUAAUAGUACGAAUAUGGCAAACUCCAAUGCAGUCCAACAGCAGCAAAAAGAUGCGGCAGAUCAAAAUUUUGACUACAUGUUUAAGUUGUUAAUUAUUGGUAACAGCAGUGUUGGGAAAACCUCCUUUCUGUUUCGAUAUGCUGAUGAUUCAUUUACAAGUGCAUUUGUCUCCACGGUGGGGAUUGACUUCAAAGUGAAAACAGUAUUUCGGCAAGACAAACGAGUGAAACUGCAAAUAUGGGACACCGCUGGACAAGAGCGUUACAGGACAAUUACUACAGCUUAUUACAGAGGGGCGAUGGGCUUUAUCUUAAUGUAUGACAUCACAAAUGAAGAAUCUUUUAACAGUGUUCAAGAUUGGUCAACCCAGAUUAAAACGUAUUCUUGGGAUAAUGCUCAAGUAACGUUGGUUGGCAACAAAUGUGACAUGGAGGACGAAAGAGUGAUUUCAACUGAACGAGGAAAGCAACUUGCUGAUCAACUUGGAUUUGAGUUUUUCGAAACUAGUGCAAAAGAUAAUGUAAAUGUGAAGCAAGUGUUCGAACGUCUGGUGGACCUCAUUUGUGUGAAGAUGUCUGAAAGCCUGGAAUCUGAUCCUUCACUAGGAAAUGCCAACAAAGGCACACGUCUGACUGAAAAUGAUCAAGAUCAAGCUGCUGGGAACUGCGCUUGUUGAGCUGUUGCUUAAUUGUGGAUUCCUCGUCUCCUCAUUCAACUUUUAUAUAGUCGAUGUCUUCAAACAUUUAGUUUUUGCAUUGUCGUAAAUUUCAUUUUCCUAAUGUUGUAUGCUAUCAAAGCAUUAGCUGUGUAGUGGUACUAUGUAUGUUAGAAAACUCGUCAACGUUACAUAUAAAUACAUAUUAUGUAUAAAAGACCAUUCCUUAUACAAAAAAAGGUAUGAAGCAUCAUUUUUUUCUGCACUUAAAAUGCAUUUCUUUCUGUCUUGUAAAUUAUAUAUAUAUAUUUGAGUUAAGUAUCAUGGCACGGUGCGAUUUUGUUUAGUUGCUUGCACAAAAUUAUCCGAAUAAUAAAAUACGUGCAAUAUAAACUUAUUAACGGUUGAAAGGUUACUUUAUUGGAUGAUAAACUCAUGUGAAUUUCGUGUUCUGAUGUCAACAGUUGAUUUUUACUGCCAUUCCUUAGUUGCAUAUAUUGCUUUUACCAUUAUUGUGCAGUUGGUUUUAGAAUUGGGUGUAAAAUGAGCGUAAUGUUGAAAAUAAAAACUACUAGAUGUAUAUUUCUUGCAAUAUAAACUAUGAGGAAGGUAGUUAAGGUUGUAGUUGCUGUACAUGUGCAUUAUAUACCUGUAAUGUUUUGUAUAG